GGAGUUGUUGGUUACAUGCGGGUCAGGAUUAAUAACAAGAGUUAUCUCCUCCUUGGCACGAGUCGGGAGGAAGUGUUGCGUCGCAUCUGGACUUAUCUGCCAUUGAGUCGAUUUAAUCCGCCGAACUCACCUGGACUAAUACAAACUGGCAAUUCAACCUUCCUUAUCACGGAAAGGCGACCUGACGGGAGCACCAUGGAGCCCAAAGCAGCGAGCAAGGACCGGUUCUUCAUAGUCAUCCGCGGGAAGUCGCGGAGAGGCUUCUGCCGCGGCUGCAUCGGUCGCGUGGAGGCGGAGACGGCUCGCGGGGAGCUGAUGGGGGUCAUGUACGGCUGCGGCUCCAACGCCGGGAGCCCCAAGACCGGGGGCUCGGUGAAGGCGGAGGACGCGUACCCCCUGACCCGACAUCAGGCCCAGCUGCUGCUCUACAUUUCCAGCCCCAGCAGACGCCUGGAGAUGUUGUGCAACCCGCAGCUCUUCUCGGCCAUCUGCGAGCUGACCCCGGGCGACCUGGUGGUGAUCAGGUACAAGAAGGGCCAUGUCCCCGGGGUGGUGAAGAACCUGAUGCAGAUCGGAAAGAAGGAGAGCAAGGACGACCUGAACAUGCUGGGCUUCCAGGUGGAAUUUGUGGACACCGAAGACAACUUGUCGCCCAAACAACUUGGACCGCUUCCCAUUUUCACCGCUUCAGACAUCAUCCAGGUGGUCCCGUCUUACUCUGUCCCCCUGGGACUGCAGUACAGAGACAUCAAAAGAGACGGCUCAACUGGGACAGUGGUGAUGCGCAUCAACUCCAUGCCAAGUAUCGGGACGCGCAGAAGACAACCCACCGACGGCCAAUCGGAGCGACGCGUUGUUGCAGGCCAGACACAGAGCGAGCCUCCCGUCCCUCUAGAGGUCGGCUCCAUGGUGGAGGUCGUCAACAACACAGGGGUCACGGUGUACGGAGUGAUCCGGUGGUUGGGGAUCCCAGAUGGGAAGCUGGAGACGUGGGCCGGGGUUGAGCUGGACUAUGAAGUGACGGGCUGCUCUGACGGGGUGUACAAAGGUCAGCGGUACUUCACCUGCAAGGAGAACUGCGCUUUGUUUGUUCCUGUCACAAAAUGCAGCCCAGACAGCCGGUUCCUCUGCUCCUCCACGGAAACGGAGACGUUCAAGACUAAAGAAAUCCCUCCAGUUCCUGCAUAUGAAGAGUCGGAGGAAGAUGCGCCGCCUGUCCCUGAGUCAGAGGCGGCGUCGCUGUUCGUGGGGAAGAUGAAGGGCAUACAGGGUCAUAUCAACUCAUGCUAUCUGGAUGCUACACUUUUCAGUUUGUUUAGUUCAUCUGUGACUGUGGAUGCCAUCUGCAACAAACCGGCUGACAAAGAGCAGCCAAUAACCUGCAUCCUGAAAUCCAUAGUCAAUCGCUUGCGCAGACAAGGCUUUGUGCCAGCACAGAGUGUGAUGAACGUCCGGAAGAAACUUGGCUGUGAGACUUUCAGCAAAAACGAAAAAGAUCCCGAGGAGUUCAUUUCAGUGCUGUUUCAGAAGGUGCUCUGCAUCGAGCCCCUGCUGAAGCUCCGAUCGGAGGGAGGAAGCUCUCACGGAGCCUACACACUCCAGAUCUUUCUGGAAAAGGAGCAGAUGGGCCAGACGCCCACCGUCCAAAAGCUGCUGGACACGUCCUGCAUGUCGGGUGACAUCAAAUUCGAAACCAUGCCGUCUUGCCUCCUAAUCCAGAUGCCAAGGUGUGGAAGCAAGUACAAGAUGUUUUCUCACAUCAUUCCGUCCACUGAGCUGGACGUCACAGAUCUCCUGUACAACUCUCCACGGGAAUGUUUCAUCUGCGGACGGAUGGCAGAGUUCGAGUGUCUCCAGUGUUUGCCAGACCGUAAACUGCAAUCAGGAAGAAUCAAGCAGUACUGCAGUACCUGCAACACCCAGGUACACACCCACCGGUCGCGCUGCAGCCAUUCUCCCAAGGCGCUGGCUGUGCCUGAAGGCGUAGCCAGCGACGCUCCUCUGCCGAGGCGCACCAUGCAGCUGUUUGGUGUGCUUUGCAUUCAGACCAGCCACUUUGUGUCAUUUGUCAAAUACGGUCCUGAUCCCCACUCAUGGCUCUUCUUUGACAGCAUGGCGGACAGACACGGCGACGACGAGAAGGGCUACAGCGUUCCCGAGGUCCGAGCUUGUCCGGAGCUCGGCGACUUCCUGGGCCAGCCGGAGGAGGAGCUGACCCGGGCGAACCCGGCUCUCGCGCCGGAGCUGGUCCGCAGGCUUCUGUGCGACUCCUAUAUGUAUUUAUACCACAGCCCAGAAAUGUCGGUCUCGAAGACAAGCGACGAGGAACUGUAGAUCUGUCUGGGCGCAAGAACGGCGUGUUCCACAACAGCAGCCUAAUCGGCUUUUAUGCACUUUAUUGCGUCCAGGCAGCGGGAACUGAAACGGAUGCUUGGAACUUCAGUGAAGAUGGAAAAUGCAGUUCAGAUGUUUGAACUUAAUAAAUAGGUCACGCUCGAAGCUGAUGUGGAUUUUUGUUUGAGAUGAAGUGAGCUCUUAAAGUCACAGAGCAGAAUGACAUGUUUUUAAAGGCUUAGUUUUUGCCUUUUAAAUGUGUCGGAGUUGCACUUUUUAUCAGUAAAGAUGUCUUUGGAAAAUUCUGUUUCAGGCAAUUGGAUCACUUAAAUGGCAUCUUCUAAUGGAACCUCAUGUUAUGUUACCUGAAGACAAUUGUACUUACUGUUUUUUUUCCACAAAUGUACAUAAGUGAGUAUAAAAUUUGAACUUCUGCUA